AUGGCCACCUGCGAAGUCACUCAACUUUCUAUCGUCACCUUUCGCCCGGAUCUUUCGCCGCCCUACUCGCCACCUGCGCCGCCCUCGGCCUUUCUGGACGUUGCCGCUAAGCUGCAGGCCGUCCCCGGCGCCCGCGCCUCGUAUCUCGGCUACCAGCUCGAGGAUUCGCGCAAAUGGGUCUGGGUUGUCCGCUGGGCCACCGGUGCAGCUCUCGACGCCUUCCUCGCCUCGCCCUCGUAUGCCCGCUGGCUCAACUCACUUCGCGCCGUCGCCGACACGUACGCCAGCGACCGCGCUUUUCUCCGUGGCAGCAUCGCCGCCUCCCUCAACAGCCCCUGCACCGAAAUCGUCACGGCUUGCGACGCCGAUCCGGGCUUCGUCGAGGAUCGUCUGAGGCCGUUCUCGAAAUGCUUUGAGCGAGAACCCAUUCCCGGCUACCACGCGCUGUCGUAUGGUCAGUGGCUGCCGGUCGCGUAUGAUGGCGUCGCGCCUCCGGUGGGCAUCACGGCCGGCAUGCUCAUCGGCUGGGACAGCAAAGAUGCCCAUUUUGCACAGCGCGGAGAAGGAAUGCUCAUUGAUCGCAACAUUCAUCAUAUUCGUGGCGGCCGCAAAUCAUUAGGCUUGUAUCACGUCAACUUUACUCGUCUUUGA